AUGGCUGAAGCACCGCUCACGCCGUUCGGACAGGCGCUCGCCGGCGCACUCGGCGGUGUCUUCUCCAAUGCAGUCAUCUACCCGCUCGACACGGUCAAGACGCGCAUCCAGGCCGGCCAGAGCUCUGCGGUGACCGCAGGCAAGGAGGUCCGCGACCCCAAGGACCCGACCAAGACCAUCGUCACCGUGCCCAAGAAUGCCGGCAUGAUCAAGGGCAUCUUGCACAUCAUCCACAGCAAGGAGGGUGCGAUGGGCCUGUACAAGGGCUUUGCUGCCAGCAUGGUCAACACCUUCACCACCGGCUUUGCCUACUUUUACUGGUACUCGACCGUACGAACGCUCUACCAGAACCGUCUGGCCAAGCGAAGUGCCAAUGGCGUGGCGAUCAUGAGCACGGCUGCCGAGCUUGUGCUCGGUGCCAUCGCCGGUGCGCUCGCGCAGAUCUUCACCAUCCCCGUCGCUGUGAUUGCGACGAGGCAGCAGCUCGCCACCUCCGAGACCGCCAAGGACGGCAAGCCCGUCGACGAAAGCUUCACGGGUGUCGCCAAGGACAUUCUCAAGGAGGACGGUAUCACGGGCCUCUGGCGCGGCCUCAAGCCUUCGCUCGUGCUCACCGUCAACCCGGCCAUCACCUACGGCGUCUUCGAGCGCGUCAAGACCAUCAUCCUCGCCACCUCGGUGGACGGCAAGAUGACGCCGGGCAAGUCGUUCCUCGUGGGUGCGCUCUCCAAGACGCUCGCCACCGUCGUCACCUUCCCCUACAUCCUCAGCAAGAUCCGCCUGCAGGCCAAGAACACGCGCUACACGAGCGCCAUCGACUGCCUCACCCAGAUCGCCAAGGAGCAGGGCAUCAGCGGCUGGUACCAAGGCAUGCAGGCACAGAUCACCAAGGCGGUGCUUGCACAGGCGCUCCUCUUCUACUUCCGCGACUACUUUGAGGUCUGGACCCGCCAGAUCCUCAAGGUCGCCAAGAAGCCCGUCAAGUAG